AUGUCAUACCAAUACCACCUCAGUUCUCAGUUCAAGCACUUAUCCAACAUCACCUUAUUUAGCCCUAUGUUCUACCUCACUGGCUUUCCUGGGCUGGAAUCCAAGGAACACUGGAUUUUUAUCCCUUUUUUCUUAAUGUACCUGGUGGCCAUCUCAGGCAACUCUCUGAUCUUGAUAAUCAUUAAGAAAAACCCUCAUCUGCAUACACCCAUGUACUAUCUUCUGUCCUUGCUGGCCCUCACAGAUCUGGGACUGUCAGUGUCCACCUUACCCACCACUGUGGGGAUCUUCUGGUUCAACUAUCAUGGAAUCUACUUUGAAGCCUGUCAAAUCCAGAUGUUCUGCAUCCACUCAUUUUCCUUUAUGGAGUCUUCAGUACUCCUUGUCAUGUCCUUUGACCGCUUUGUAGCCAUCUGUCAUCCUUUAAGAUACUCAGUCAUAAUCACUGGCCAGAGAGUGAUUAAAAUAGGCCUGGUAAUCAUCCUCAGGGGCCCCGUGGCUCUUAUCCCCAUUGUCCUCCUCCUGAAGGUUUUUCCCUACUGUGGAUCUAGAGUUCUAUCCCACUCAUAUUGCCUACACCAAGAAGUGAUACACCUGGCCUGUACAGACACUACCUUCAACAACCUAUAUGGGUUGACACUGGUGGUAUUCACUGUAAUGCUAGACCUAGUGCUGGUUGCACUCUCCUACGGCCUCAUCCUGAACACAGUGGCAGGAUUGGCCUCGCGAGAAGAGCGUCUUCGAGCUUUCCAAACAUGCACCUCACAUCUCUGUGCUGUGCUGAUGUUUUUUGUACCCAUGAUGGGGCUGUCCCUCGUGCAUCGCUUUGGGAAGCAUGCUCCCCCUGCGGUCCAUCUCCUUAUGGCCAAUGUCUACCUCUUUGUGCCUCCCAUGCUUAACCCAAUCAUAUACAGUAUUAAAACCAAGGAGAUCCGCCGUGCCAUCAUCAAGUACCUGGGCCUUUGA